GGCUAUGCACCGGCCUCCCAACGCAACUCCUCCAAUAUUUGAGAAACCUCCUGUCGGUGGAAACUUCGUCGAUGGUGGAGAUGCUCACUUUGAGUGUAAAAUUCGUGGUAACCCAACCCCAGAGGUUGUUUGGUCCAGAAGAGGCAUGCCGAUCAAAAAUGAUCAAAAACGUCAAGUAUCUUACAACCCUGAUACAGGAGUGUGUUUCCUUCACAUUUCCAAGAUUACAGCCGAGGAUGACGGAGAUUACACGUGCACAGCUGUCAACUGUGCAGGAGAGUCUAGUCUAACCGUCAAAAUCCAGAGAGGCAUGGGAGGUCCACAAUACCAACAACAAUUACACCAGCAAGGAGCUUUCCAUAAACGUACUUAUCAAACACGUACAGAACAAAGGCUUCAGACAUCAUUUGAUCGUACGAUGUCUUCUUCAGAUACGGAGGGUGAACCAGGAAGUCCACUGUACUAUGGAGUGCCAGUGGGUUUUCGUGUGGACACUUUCGAGUACCGUUUGCUAAGAGAGGAAGAAUUUCGAAAGUCUCUGAUAGUGAGACGUCACGGUGAACCAAUACCUGCGCUGGAUAGGUCAAGACCUCCAAGUGCACCCCAACUUUUACAAAGACCUCGGAACAGUAAGCUGGUCGAAGGAGCUGAUGCUACAUUUCAAGUUCAAAUCGGUGGAAAUCCACAGCCUCAGAUAACUUGGUUCAAGAAUGGUCAAGUGCUGGUUCAGACUCAGCGAUGCACCACGUUUGUAAAGGAGACUGUCGCGACCCUCCAGAUCCGCUAUAUCUGUGCAGAAGAUGCUGGAUAUUACACGAUGCUAGCCGAAAACACCUCGGGCAGAGUUGCAUGUUCAGCCCACCUGGUUAUUGAAGCUAAACCCACAGGUGUCCAACGACUUGAAAGUUUGGAAACGCAACCAAAAAUGGUCACUUCACCACCUGCAACUGUUACAACUGACUAUGAAGUGGAUUCCGCCACUACUCGCACUUUGAAGCCAAGCUUUGUCAAAUGUCCAUCAGACAAGGAAGUGACGGAGGGGAAGAUGAUCCGGUUCGACUGCCGGGUGUCUGGCCGUCCUUGUCCCGAUGUUCUCUGGUUCCACAACGAGAAGCAGAUAGUGAAUGACAACACCCACAAGCUUCUAGUGAAUGAAGGAGGGGUACACUCCUUGAUGAUCACUGCUGCAAGCAAAGAAGAUGCUGGAACAUACAUAUGUAUUGCCAAGAACAAGAGUGGAGAAAUGCGCUCCGAUUUUAAUUUGACUGUAAUAGAAAAAGAACAAGUUGUGCCACCGAAAUUUGUGGAGAGAUUUCAGAGCAUCCACGUGAAGGAAGGAGAAUCAGUAACCUUACACUGUAGAGCCGUGGGCACACCUGUCCCUCGCAUUACUUGGCAGAAAGAUGGGGUACAAAUCCAUUCACAGCCGCCAAAUAUCAUCAUUGAAACACAAGGAGGAAGUUCCACUCUUAACUUUAACCAAGUCACUGCUAAGGAUUCUGCCUGGUAUCAUUGUACUGCUCAGAAUCAAGCUGGCAGCUCAUCUACACGUGGUCGACUACAUGUCUCGAGUGAAGCAUUACCACCUGGUCAGGACAGAAGAUUAAACCUUCCAAGACCUUCUAAAGUUAUACAUCCGGCGCCUGCCCCUGCCAGAGAGACAAUCUGGCUGCGUCACGUUGAGCCUGCUGCUCCUCAGAUGCCUCCAGAAGAGGAGGAGAGGCCCCCACAGAAACCUUCUUUUCACACUCACCUUCAAGACCUCCAUCUUCAGGAAGGAGACCGAGCCAACUUCGAUGCUCGACUACUUCCUGUUGGUGAUCCCACGAUGCAGGUUGAAUGGUUUGUUAACGGAAAACCAGUGGAAGCUAGUUCUCGGGUAAUAACAACUUGUACUUUUGGAUAUGUGGCACUGACGUUGAUUCAUAUUCAUAGUGAAGACUCGGGAGUUUAUAUGUGUAAAGCAACAAACGAAGCUGGCGAAGCAGUAACAACAGCAACUCUGCAUGUCAGUCCUCGACCAGUAAUUGAACGAUCGACUCAACAACCAGAGAGCUGGGACGCUAUUCAAGACCUAGAGGAUUGGGAUCGUUACAAACGGGAGGAAUCGGUUGAGGAAACUAUAUCAGUUUCAAAACCAGUGUUUGUCAAGCCUUUGAACAACUUGGAAAACCUACGAGAGGGGGGAUUUGCUCACUUCGAAGCUCAGCUCACCCCCGUGAACGAUCCUACAAUGAAGGUCGAGUGGCUGUUUAACGGAGAACCAUUACAGGCCGGCUCUAGAGUGAGUACAACGUUCAGCUUUGGCUACGUGGCUUUAAACAUCAAACACCUUCGAGCUGAAGAUGCUGGAGUAUAUGUUUGUCGAGCAACAAAUCAGAAAGGACAAGCCGUUUCAACUGCAACACUGAAAGUCAGAGUGUCUGGAGAGAUAAUCACUGAUUUAGGAUUUCCCGAACAACAACAAUAUCAACAACGAAUCCAAGAGCUCGAAUCUUGGCAGCAACAACAACAACAAGUCUACGAGGUUGAAGAAGCAGUGCCACAGCAAACACCAACGUUUUUCAGUCAGUUAAAAGAUCUUUUGAAUAUACCAGAAGGAAAAGUAGCUCAUUUUGAAGCCCGUAUAGAACCUUCUGGUGACUCUACGAUGAGAAUAGAGUGGCUGAAAGAUGAUAAACCACUAGAAGCAAGUUCUCGGACUUCCACGUUCUUCAACUUUGGUUAUGUUUCAUUGACCAUCCGUGGAAUAGACAGCCGUGAUUCUGGCACCUACACUUGUGUCGCAACAAACAGCAAAGGAUCGGCCUUUUCUGCUGCAAGAUUAACAUGCAUUGAAAAGAAGAGCGUGGUACUGGAGAGCCAAUACCCAGAAGGUUUAGAGAAGAUUCAACAUCUAGAAGAUACCUCUCGGUACCAGCGAGAUGUAGAGGAAGAAACCACUGUGACGCAGCGGCCUGUGUUUGUAGAUGCUCUUAAGGGAAAAGAUCGUGUUAUAGAAGGACAAAGCGCCCACUUUGAAACAAGGCUCGAACCCCUCGGCGAUCUAACAAUGACCGUUGAAUGGUUUUUUAACGGAAAACCCCUAACAACAGGUCAUCGUUUCAAGACCUAUUUUGAUUUCGGAUAUGUGGCUCUCGAUAUUCUGUACACCUUCCCUGAGGACAGCGGUAGUUUCACCGUAAAGGCAAGAAACGCACUCGGUGAAGCAGUGCAGUCAAAAUCCAUUUUCGUUCAAGCUAAGAGUGCUGUUGACACAUCGACAAUGCACGAGAUGGGUUUGGAACAAAUUGCACAACUGGAAGAACCACCACACCAAGAACCAUAUUACAUGAUUGAAGAAAUAACGAAGUCCAAGCCCAUUUUUACUCAUCCUCUGCACGACCCAAAACCGCUUCGAGAAGGUGAAAGGCUCCAUUUGGAAUGUCGGCUAGAACCGGCCAACGAUCCAACAAUGAAAGUGGAGUGGUUCUUCAAUGGAAAACCGCUGAAGACAGGAAGUCGUAUACAAACCUUGUACGAAUUUGGCUUCAUAUCUCUUGAUCUGCUUACUGCUAAUGCUGAAGAUACUGGGGAGUUCACUGUUCGAGCAACUAAUCAUUUGGGAUCAUCUCAUACAAGUUCUCUGGUUAAAGUGGUGGGUAAAUCUGCUGUUAUCUCAGACACCAUGUUUCCAGAAGGUCUUCAGAAGAUAAGGCAGUUAGAAGACACAAGUCGAUACCAGAAAUCUGUUCAAGAAGAAACAAUCAUCACUCAGAAACCAACUUUCACUAAGUCUUUACGCAAUAUUGACACCGUAGAGGGAAACAACAUUCAUCUUGAGUGUAAGCUGUUACCGAUCGGAGAUCCAACCAUGAAGGUUGAAUGGUUUGUCAACAAUGUGCCCAUCAAAAUAGGUCACAGAUUCAGACCUGCUCACGAGUUUGAUUACGUUGCUCUGGAUAUUCUGGGUGUCUAUCCAGAAGACAGUGGGGUCUACACAUGUAAGGCUACCAGCAGUAAAGGAGAAGCUGUUGUUACCUGUACGGUGAAAUGUAUUGCCAAAAGCGAAUUAAUCCUGGAAUCUCAACAACCUAGUAGCCUCGAAAAGAUCCAACACUUGGAAGACACUAGUCGCUACCAACGAGACGCCUGGGUGGAGGAAAUUGCUAAAAUCAAACCACGCUUUACUUCCACCCUUAAUAGCCAACAUCUUCGGGAAGGUCAACAAGCACAUUUCGAGUGCCACAUAGAGCCUGUUAGUGAUUCAACUCUCAAAAUUGAAUGGUUUCACAAUGGGAAGAUACUUCCCUCAGGUCACAGAUAUCGUCCGUUCCAUGAUUUUGGGUAUGUGGCACUAAAUAUCCUUUCUGUAAAACCAGAAGAUGAGGGUACUUACACAUGCCGAGCUACCAAUGCAAUGGGCAGUGUUGAGCUUCAAGCAACUCUAGCAUGUGAAGGAAAAUCAGCAAUUUUGUCCGACACUCAUCAUCCUGAGGGUCUUCAAAAGAUUCAGGAGUUGGAGGCCUAUUCGAAAAGAAGAGUUAGAGGGGAUCUGAUUGAGUUCAUUACCCAAGCACCUGUUUUCACAAGUCCACCUCAGAACUUGGAGGUAAGAGAAGGUCAGUCUGCUCGUUUCGAGUGUCGCCUCAUCCCUGUUGGUGACCCAAAACUCAAAGUGCAAUGGUUCCACAACGGGAAACAAAUUAAGAUGGGCACUCACGUCACAGAAAAUUUUGAAUUUGGGCACGUUGCCUUGGUUAUUCUCUACGCGUACCCAGAAGACUCGGGAACUUACACCUGUAAAGCUACCAAUGCUCUUGGAGAAGCAGUCACCUCCGUUAACCUAAAAUGUACUGGAAAGAGCGCUCUUAUUCUUGAGUCUCAACAACCUGAUAGCUUGGAAAAGAUCCGAGAACUAGAAGAUGAGAGUCGAUUAAGAAGACCUGAAUAUCCUGAAGAAACCACCACACAACCUCCUGUGUUUACUCAACCAAUGAAAAACUUGGUGCUGCAGGAAAACGAAAGCGCUCAUUUUGAUUGCCGUCUCAUCCCUGUGAAAGAUAAUAAGUUAAAAGUAGAGUGGUUCUUCAACGGCAUGCCAUUAAUGCAAGCUAGCAGAGUUACCACUUUACACGACUUUGGCUACGUGUCCUUAGACCUGGCGUAUGUGAAACCUGAAGAUAGUGGAACCUACACAUGUAAAGCAACAAGCGAGCUGGGUCAGGCGGUAUGCUCAGCUACCUUAAACGUUAGGGGUGUGAAAGCUCUUCAGCUUCAGUCACAACAACCUGACAGCCUACAAAAAAUACAAAUGUUGGAGGACGCAAGUCGUUACCAACGAGAAGUUGCUGAAGACGUCGUGGUCACCAGCAAGCCGAUAUUUAUCACCUCUUUGCAAGGAGUUGAUAAGCUCAUUGAAGGACAAAACAGUCACAUGGAGUGUCGUAUUGAACCCUAUCCUGACCCUAGUAUGAAGAUCGAGUGGUUUUUCAAUGGCAAAGUGCUUCCAAGUGCUCAUAGAUACCGAACAAUGUAUGACUUUGGAUUGGCAGCCCUAGAUAUCUUAUCUGUAACUCCAGAAGAUACCGGUGAAUACACAAUUAAAGCUACCAACAGGCUUGGGGUUGAAACAUCAUCAACCAAAAUACAUGUAACAGGUAGAAGUGCAUUAAUUCUAGAAUCACAACAGCCCGACAGCUUACAGAGGAUCAAGGAGCUCGAGGAUGAAAGUCGAUUCCUCAGAACUACCGAGGAAGAAGUGCUAUACAAUCAACGACCAGAAUUUAGUCGUCCUCUGUAUAACCUUGACGACUUAGUAGAGGGACAACCUGCUCACUUAGAAGCUAUGUUCACACCAGUCAAUGAUCCUAACCUGAAGGUCGAAUGGUUUGUCAACGGUCGUACUAUUCCACAAGCUCAUCGAUUCAGAAGUAUCUGUGACUUUGGCUACGUCUCUCUGGAUAUACUCUACGUCUUCCCCGAAGAUACUGGCACAUAUAUGUGUAAAGCCACCAACAAGGCAGGAGAAGCAAUUACCACGUGUUCAAUAAAUGUUAAAGCAAAAAGUGCAAUUUUGACCGACACACUUCAUGAGGAAGGACUCCAAAAAAUCCGAGAAUUAGAAAGUGCGUACACACCACCAGCUGAAGAACCUCCUCCGCCUGUUACUCGUCCAGUAUUCUUGACACCACUCAAAUCUUUGGACAAUGUCGUAGAAGGACAGUCCGCUCACCUGGAAUGCCAGUUGGAACCAAUUACUGAUCCAAAACUGAAGGUCAUGUGGUUUGUGAAUGGAGUUGAAAUCAAAGAAGCUCAUCGGUUCCGUAAGACUCACGACUUUGGCUACGUAGCUCUGGAUAUCCUGUACGUGUUUCCUGAAGACACGGGUACCUACAUGUGUAAGGCUGUCAAUGAGCUUGGAGAAGCUGUAACUACGUGCUCCAUCAAAGUCCAAGCUCGACGCAGUAUUUUGGAUGAUACUCAACAUCCAGAGGGUCUGGAGAAGAUCAGGGAGCUUGAGAGUUUAGUGAAAUUCCAACCCAUAGAGAUCGUAGAAAAGCCAUUAUGUCGUCCCUACUUCACAACCGAACUCCAGGGAGUAACAGAACUUGUGGAAGGUCAAAGUGCACACUUUGAAUGCCGUGUAGAACCUGCUCAUGACACUGAAUUGAAGGUGGAGAUCUUCCACAAUGGAAAGCUUCUUGAUGCAGGUUCUCGGUUCCACGUUACUUUUGACUUUGGCUACGUUGCACUAGACAUCAGGCACGUUUACCCAGAGGAUACAGGAAUGUUUACCGUGAAAGCCACAAACCGUCUCGGAGAAGCUGCAAUUUCUAUCAAUAUCAAAGUUCAUGGUAAAAGUGCCAUCAUUCUUGACACUCAUCACCCAGAGGGUCUUGCUAAAAUUAAGGAACUGGAAGACGAAUCGCGAUAUCGACGUGAAGAGGUAAUUGAACCCCACACAUUCCAGCGCCCUGUGUUUACAGCCCCUCUGCAGAAUUUGGACACUUUAAUCGAAGGAGACGCUGCUCAUCUAGAGUGUCGCCUGAUUCCUGUUGGAGAUCCUACCUUAAAAGUGGAAUGGUACAUCAAUGAGAAAGCUCUACCAACAAGCUCUCGUUUCUUGACUACUCAUGACUUUGGGUACGUGGCUCUCGACGUCCAGUAUGUACGUCCAGAUGACGCUGGUGUUUACAUGUGCAGAGCAUCUAAUGAAUUGGGUGAAGCUGUCACCACUGCUUCGGUCAAGAUAAAAACUAAAGCCGCAAUUCAGCUUGAGACCCAGCAUCCUGAAGGGCUGGAAAAAAUCCAGGAAAUGGAAUAUCUGAAGAGCCUGAAAGGACCCGAAGAACCAGAUAGAGUCUAUGACAAACCUGUAUUCAUUAUGCCUAUUGUUGGGCCGCACGAACUUGUAGAAGGACAGCUUGCGUUCUUUGAAUGUCGUGUCACACCUACGGAUGAUCCUGACUUGAAGUUUGAGUGGUAUUUGAAUGGGAAGGAAUUGAAAACAGGGACUCGUUUCCGAGUCACUCAUGAUUUUGGGUUAGUGAAUAUGGAGAUCAAAUCAGUUAUCCCAGAAGACUCUGGUGUUUAUAUGUGCAAGGCUAUUAACAAAGCUGGUGAAGCUGUCACUUCUACGUCGCUUAAAGUAACAGGUCGCCAUGGAGUUCUUGGAGAGAGUCAACAUCCCGAGUGUCACCUGAAGACGCAACAGAUGUUUGAAUUUGAUUCCUCACGAAUUCCUGAAGUGUGGUGGGAUGCGGGUCCUACCUCGCGACCAGUUUUCACGCAGCAUUUAAGCAGCUAUGACAAGCUGGUUGAAGGUCAAAAUGUCCGUCUGGAGGCUAGAGUAGAGCCUGCUACCGAUGAGAAACUGAAGAUAGAAUGGUAUAAGAAUGGCGUGUCUCUUGUGACAGGAACGAGGAUGGCUAUGACCUUUGACUUUGGCCUUUGUGCUCUUGAGUUGACCGGUAUAAGGCCUGACGACUCUGGUAUUUACACGUGUAGAGCAGUGAAUGAAGCUGGUGAAGCCGUCUCCACGUGUUCUCUUAAAAUUGAGGGUCGUCAUGGAAUUAUCUUGACAACUCAAAAUCCUGAAAGUCUCCAGAAGAUUCAAGAACUAGAAGCCUAUCAAGCCCCAGAAGCUGAUUUGUCAGAUACAGUGUAUGAAUCCCCUGUCUUCAUCACCCACCUGAACAACCUAGAACUGAGAGAGGACGACUCGGCCUACUUCGAGUGUCGUGUAGAACCUUCCAAAGACCCGACCCUUAAUAUUGAGUUCUUUGUUAAUGGCAAACCACUUUCUGCUGCUACCCGCUUCACAGCUAAUAAUGAUUUCGGUUUCGUCACCCUGAAUGUCAGCCAUGUCUACCCAGAAGAUUCGGGUAUCUAUACCUGUCGCGCAACCAACAGCAAAGGACAGGCCGUAACGACAGGCUCCCUAAAAGUGCACGGUAAAGGAGCCGUUAUUUCGACUACUCUUCAUCCAAUGGGACAAGAGGGCUUGUCACGUGUGCAGGAAGUCGAAGAAGCUUACCUUUCCAGAUAUCAGACAACCUUGGAGGAAGAUGAGCUGAUGUUUCCGAAGCCCGUGUUCGUAGAACCGCUUCAACAAAACUUCAGUGUUAACGAGGGUGACGGACUUCGGCUAAACUGUCGAUAUGAACCAUCCACUGAUCCAAAGCUUACGAUCGACUGGUUUUUCAAUGGAAAGGUUUUAGAAUUAGGAUCCCGUUUCACCCAUGCAACAGAUUUUGGCCAAGUCACAUUGGUAAUUUCGGAUUUAUGGCCUCGAGAUAAUGGAGUUUACACCUGCCGAGCUCAUAAUGCUGCAGGCGAAGCCUUCACUUCAACCACUAUCCAGUGUAUUGGUAAAAGCACAAUAUACGAAGGUACCCUUCACCCUGAAGGAGAGCGGGGCCUUGAGAGUAUACAGACACUGGAAGAAUCUCUACUUAAAACAGUUGAAGGUAUACCAGACGAAGAAGGACAUCCUCCAAUCUUCACGUCACAGUUCCAGAAUUUAACAAACCUGAACGAAGGUGACAUUGCCCAUUUUGAGGCCACUCUAACCCCUGCUGGGGAUCAGACGAUGGCGGUGGAAUGGUUUUUCAAUGGAAAACCACUCAAAGCAAGGCACCGUAUCCGUACCAUCCAUGCUUUUGGUAUGGUUGUUUUAGAAAUUAUGGGAGUUGUCGUUGAGGAUUCAGGACAGUACACAUGUAGAGCAACCAACAAGUGGGGCAAGGCUGAAAUCACAGUCACAUUAGAAACUGUUGACCGAGCCCGAGGUCAAAGGCCACAGUUCACUACCCAGCUAAAGAGCAUGGUAGGUCUGAAAGAAGGAGCCAGUGGCCAUUUCGAAUGUACCCUGGUACCUGUUGGUGAUCCAGCUAUGAAGGUCGAAUGGUUCCACAAUGGUCAACCUCUUCGAGAUAGUUCUAGAAUUAAGACGCUGAGCGACUUUGGCUAUGUUGUCAUGGAUAUUUCAUUUGUUCACGUGGAGGACUCGGGAGAAUACAUUUGUGUGGCGACCAAUAAGUAUGGUUCUGACACCACUCGGUGUGUUGUAGAAUGUACUGGACAUGGGAAAAUCUUCCGUGAUUCUCUCCAACCUCAGAGUCUUCAGAAAAUCGCUGCUCUAGAAGGGUACUCUCAUUAUCAGAGCCAAGUGUCAACAGAGCUAACUGUCAACCAACCGCCAAAGUUCGAGACUCAGAUUCAACCCUUGACUACCCUCGUGGAAGGACAAAGUGCUCAUUUUGAAACCCAGGUGUCUCCUAUAAAUGAUCCCAACCUGAAAGUCGAAUGGUUCUUCAAUGGAAAACCUCUGCAACAUGACGAGAAAUCUAAACAUGGUAAAAAUAUACUUCUAGGAACACGCAUCCGUUCCAUCAACGACUUUGGCUUUGUGGUUCUGGAGAUAAGUCCCGUGUACCCAGAAGACAGUGGAGUGUAUUCCUGCCGCGCCACCAACAAAAUUGGAGAAGCUGUUACCACGUGCACAAUGAAGUGUGAAGGUAAACGUGGAAUUAUCCUGGAGUCUCAGCUACCUGAAGGAAUGGAAUCAGGAAUCGAGAAGAUUGCAAAGUUUGAAGAGAUUCCAAGUGGUCAUCUGGCUGAAGUUUGGAUGGAUACAGAAACCACUCAAGCUCCAAAGUUUAUUACCACUCUUCAAGACAUCACAAUUGGAGAAAAUUCUCUUGUUCACUUUGAAUGUCGUUUAACCCCAGUUGGUGAUCCCACAAUGAAAGUAGAUUGGUACCAUAAUGGUAAAAUACUGAAGACUGGGUCACGAGUAAGAACUAUUAGUGACUUUGGUUACGUUAUCCUGGAAAUUGCUGGAGUUUACCAGCGCGACGUUGGGGUUUACACAUGUAAAGCUGUCAACAGGAUGGGAGAAGCUACUAUUUCAGCGAAUUUGAAAGUGAAAGGUAAAGCAUCAAUUGUAAUGGAACCCCAACUACCCAAAAGUUUCCAAUCUGGCACGGAGAGCUUGAAACAGCUUGAAGAAUCAUUGUAUCAAACACAGGAAAUAACGUUGGAUGAAGAGAAGCAACAACCACCAAACUUCAUCACUGAGAUUCAAAACCUUUUGGAGAAGAUAGAAGGAGAUUCUGCUCACUUUGAGUGUCGUCUUCAACCAGUUGGAGACCCAACCAUGAGAGUUGAAUGGUACCUUAAUGGAAGACCUCUUGUUACAGGUUCCAGGGUGCAUACUGUAGAUGAUUUUGGCUUUGUCGUUCUGGAUAUUGAUUGGCUCUUUCCUCGAGACAGCGGGGAAUAUGUGUGCUGCGCAAUGAACAAAUGGGGUAAAGCCACCACGAAGGCAACCUUAAAAGUGAAAAGUAAGAGAGACAUCAUUAUAGACUCGCAGCUACCAAUGGGCAUGACUGCUGACAAACUUCGAGAACUAGAGUAUCCACUCCAAAGAGAAGCUCUUGAAGAAGAAGUGUCGCUACUACCACCCCGAUUUAUAACUCAGAUUCAGUCUCUGGAGAACCUGAACGAAGGGGACAGUGCCCAUUUCGAAUGUCGCGUCGAACCUGUAAACGAUCCCAAUCUAAGAAUAGAGUGGUUCUGUAAUGGACAGCCAUUGAGGUCAGGUCACAAGUUCAAAGUGACUCAUGACUUCGGUUUUGUGGCUCUGGAUGUUCUCUACGUCCAUCCUGAAGAUUGUGGUGAGUACACUGCACGAGCUUUCAGUCCACUCGGAGAGGAUUUCACCAGAGCCAUAUUGAAAUGUAAAGGCAAGCCAUCCCUGAUUUACAAAUCUCAGCUGCCCAAACAGCUUGAAGGUGGCGUGAAGAAAAUAGCAGAGAUGGAGGCAGCAUGGCAAAGAGUUGAAGAAAUAGAAGAAACUAGCCAAGAAAAACAAGCUCCAAUGUUUGUCAUGAAACCAGAACCACAAAAUGUGCUGGAAGGUGACUGGGCCAAGUUCCAAUGUCGUGUUACCGGAAAUCCUAAGCCUCGUCUCAUGUGGGUUGUUAACGGCCAAACCAUAGUCACAGGUUCUCGUUACAAACUGACAUAUGAUGGUAUUUUUCACCUGGAUAUCCCUAAAGUAAGACAAUACGACCAAGGAAAAGUUGAAGUGUAUGCUCGAAACUUAUUGGGUGAAGCUUAUUGUUGGACAACACUGGAGGUUCGUCCUCGUCGUGACGACUAUCGAGCCGUAUUGAAACAUUCACCAAGACCAUGGUAUGAUUCGGAAGUUAAAACAUACCAACAAUAUCGACAUGAAACCGAACUUCAGCGUGUAUUUGAAGAAAAGCUGACCCCUGGUGGAACAAAAGUUGAUGUUUGGCAGACUCAAGAAGCUGAAGCUGGAGAACGAAUGCAAAUUAAACAACGACUUGAAGAAGAGGACAUCAAGAAACUGCAACCUGAAGUCAAACGCUACAAAACUGAUGCAAUUUAUGUGGACAGUGUGACUGGGGAAAAGCGGGUAGAAGAACAAUCCCAAGUGAGUCACAUGGCAAAAUCUUACCGUGAAAAAGUAGAACAACAAAACUUGCCCUCACCGACAUCUCCAGAAAGUAUAGUACAUGGGAAAGAAGUCCAUGUUGCUCGUCAGAAACAAACUCAAUACGAAACUAAGGGAGAUUUGGAUAUAACUCGUCAUACUACAUUAACUGAAACUAUGGAACAAGAGCACAUGGGAAAGACAAAAGAAAGAAGGAUUGUUGGUGAAGUGCCCAAGACCAUAUCCCCAGUUUUUACAAAGAAAAUUCAACCGUGUCGAGCUUACGAAGGUGAAUCUGCCAAGUUUGAGUGUCUGUUCACUGGAGUCCCAGCACCAACAAUCACGUGGUACAGAGAGAAUUUUCCAAUCACUCCUUCAGAUGACUUUCAGGUUGUAAGUAGGCCUAAUAUGUCGAUACUGGUGAUCAGAGAAGUAUACGUAGAAGACAGUGGAAUGUUUACUGUGAAGGCCGAAAAUAGAGGAGGAUCGGCUAAAAGUUCUGCUAAUCUACUUGUUGAAGAAAAACGAGAACACAGAAGUGGAAAGAUCCCACCAAGUUUCAUUAAAACUAUCCAAGGAAGCGCUGUUCAGGCAGGUCAACUUGUUCGUCUUGAUGCCCGCCUGUCUGGUUCCAAACCUGUUGACGUCUAUUGGUUGAAGAAUGGCACUAAGCUGGUGCCUGAUGCAACUCACAAGACAUUAGAAGAAGGUGACAUGUACACACUGAUGUUGUUGGAGACGACCGCCGAACACAGUGGAAUGUACGAAUGUGUGGCCAUUAACCAAGCUGGAGAAGCCCGCUGUCAGACUCAGGUUUUGGUUGAAUCUAAGUCCCCCCAGGCAACGCCCACGUCUCCUAAAGUACUGACCCAGGAGGCAAGAGCACCCGAGAUUGUAAAACCACUGAAAGAUGCCGUUGUAAAGGAGGGACAACCCGCAGUGUUUACUUGUAAGAUCCUUGGAUCUCCAGCCCCCAGGGGGAAAUGGUUCAAAGGGGACGCUCAAGUAAAACAGUCCAGGUACUUCCGAAUGUCUGUAGAGAAAGACAUUUACACUCUUCGUAUCUCCGAGGCUUUCCCAGAAGAUGAGGGUAUCUACAAGUUUGUUGCAACCAACCCAAAUGGAACAGUUACCACGAGCGCAAGCCUUAAGGUCAAAGAUGGUUCAAGACUCCGGAUCCUGUUCCUUGAUUAUCCGCCAGACAUAUAUGGAAGACCAGGGGGUGUAUACCUGUAG